AGAUCCUAGAGAGAGAUCAUCACUACAGACGGAGGGGAGCAAUCAUUCAGGGCCACAAGAAGUGUAUUUUAUAUAGUUGAUAAUUUCUCUGGUGCUGGCAGAGCGUGAGUGUGAGUAUGUCUGCUGCUGUGACUCUAGGGCUGCUGUUCUUCCUCUCUGCGGGACUGAACGAGCAGGUGGCCGAGGGCUGCAGCUGUGCUCCAGGACACCCUCAACAGCUGUUCUGCAUGUCUGACAUAGUGAUGCGAGCUGAGGUAACUGGAGAGAAGAUCAUACACAGCGAUGAAAAUACACCUGGCAUGGGAAAAAUUCAGUAUGAAAUCCAAGUGAUAAAGGUGUUCAAGGGUUUUGAUCGAAUAAAGGAAAUUCAGCAUGUCUAUACGAAUGAGAUGUCUUCAAUGUGCGGUACUAGACUGGGUCGUGGACAGUAUCUGCUUUCAGGAAGCAUCGCGCCUGAGGGAUUCUUCGUUUCAAUGUGCGACUAUCUUGCGCUCUGGGACAGACUCUCCUUAAUGCAAAAAAAGAACAUCAAACACAGAUAUCUGAUGAGCUGUAGCUGCAUGAUUUCUACCUGCACUGAAAAGCCCUGUCAACCUAGCACAAAAAAUGAGUGUAUACUGACAAACUUGUCAUCCUUAUGGUCAUUUGAGGAUAGAGAACCAAUUCACGAGUCUGCCUGCAUCAGACACAGCGAUGGCUCCUGCGGCUGGUAUGGAGGAACCGGCAAACCUUCUGAAAAUGACACCAUGGACGUGUCUGAUGUCUGACGGCCGAGAGCAUGAGUGGUUUCUCACUGUAAAAGAAGUUGCUUGAUGCUGUCCAAGAAGACAGAAGACAGUUCAAAUGUAAACACAUGCAAGCCAUUUAACCUGCUAUACUUUCUUAUAGACACACAGCACACCUUAGCCACAUUCGCCUAGCAACCACACAGCCCUGUCCCAAAUGGAACACUGUCCAUUAAGUCCAUGAGACCGUAGGGUGUCCAAUUUGUCAUUUUAGCGUUCAGAAGGGUGCUCACGAGCGGCCCCUUUGCGGCCGUAAUGCGCCCUCGAUCCGCACUGGUGCGAGCUCCGCAGUAGACUUCUACCCGACAGUCAAAGCGGCAUUACGUCAUGAAAGUGCGAAGGUUUAGGGUGCCAUUUGGGACAGGGCCACAGAACACUUUAGCUUUGCCUGGCUAAUUAGUGACUUGCAUUAUAAUUAACAGUGUUGGAUUAUUAACAUGUCAUAGUUAUACUACAAUAUGAUGACAUUAUCUAUUAGGUCCCAAUCAUUUGAUUUUCUAUUUAAAAAUGAAUAAAGAAAAAUGAA